AUGACCCAUACCAUUCCAAUCAAGUAUUUACCAGAAAAUCGGAGAUCCAUUUGGUGUAUACUCUGAAUUAUUCACAGCAUUAGAUUAAACCUAUUGAUGCAUUUAGAACCACAACAUGAUAACAUUAUGUUAAACCAUUAAAAAAGGUUAAAAUGUUGCUUUAAUAAUAUUACAAUAACCCAUUCUAACUGAUCUAUUUCAGUUUGACAAGAUGACAGUGUCUACAGACAUGCUGCAGCGGUUUAGCCUACACUGUGUGCUAAUAUUUUAAUACUUGCAGUAUUUCUCGGGGACACGCUGGUGCAGUUUGUGGCCAGCAUUUCUGUGCUCCUAAUGUUUUGCAGAAAAGUCUGUAUUGUGCACACUUGGACUUCACUCGACCUUUACUGUAUGCAGCGGUCAGCAGAUGCUGAGGAAACCGCUCAGAAGAAUUUCCACCGAGCGUUAGGACUUUCCAGAGUGGGCGGAGCGACUGUGCAGUGCAGGAAGUACUGAGUCAGCUGUAGUUUCUGUAGUUUUUGAGGUAUGUUGGUUGUCAAAGACGUUCCUUGCGGUCCCACAUAAAGGGCAGGGAGUCUGCAUUUGUCUGAGUUUUCUCUGUGUGCUGAGCGGCAGAUACUUCAACUUCUCCGCGAUGAGUCGAGCCGUGCUGGUGGAUCUGCUUCACCGCUGCUGUGCAUCAUGCACGGGCGCUUCUCUGCUGGAGGACUCGGUUUCGGACUCGCAGGUCUUUGUGCUGUGCGGGAACACUUACCGGGAGAAAAACGGCUUCGUAGACACGUUCCUGAGCUCCUGCAAAAGUGUGCACAUCCUGGACUCGAGCUCCACAGUGGAGAGUUUGUAUCGUUUCAAGCAGACUUUGGACCAGCUGGACCUGAGCUCGAUCACGGUCCUCACCACCGCACAGGGCAAAGAGGUGCUGGCUCAUUACCAGAACCUCCUUUUUACGGCCAUAUACGACUUCCAGUACAAGCAGAGACCGGUGGACGAGACCUGUCCUAGUUGCAGAGGCUCCACAGAUUCGGUCUCACCUGGCGAAGAAGUGCGCGAAGAAGUGUCGACGUUUAUGCAGCAGCUUCCUGCGCUGAAGGGAGAACUCACAGUUCUGAAGUCUGCGCUCAUUCCAGAUUGUUUUGGUCAUGGCUUCAGCACCCGUACAGGUGGUGUGUCCUACAUCCCGACCUUAUCCUCCUUGAAUCUGUUCAGCAGCUGCAGGAGGAGGGACCCGGUGGCUGUGGUAAUGGAGAACAGGCGCCGAUUAGCCCUCCAUGCUGGUUUCCAUCCUCAGCCCAUGCAUUUAGUCAAGGUGAACCACGCUAACGAUGUCUGGGUCUUGGGGAAAGCUGAGCCCGAGAGUUACGAUGCAAUGGUGACCAAUCAGACUGGACUCGUCUUAGCAGCUCCAGGAGCCGACUGCAUGCCGCUCCUCUUUGCUGAUCCGGUCGCAAAAGUCAUCGGAGUCGCACAUGCAGGUUGGAGAGGAACCAUAAUGGGGGUUGCCAUGGCCACUGUGAAUGCCAUGGUGACAGAAUUUGCUUGCCAGGUUAGCAACAUUGUGGUGGCUGUGGGACCAUCAGUGGGCCCCUGCUGCUAUACCAUGGAAAGAGACCAGGCGUUGGACUUCAUGAGCGUCCAUCCAGACUGUGUCCCUGAUCCAGAGUCAGCCAGACCACACGUCGACAUCCGUCUCGCCAACAGAGUUCUCCUCCAGAAAGGUGGCGUCCUGCCUGAGCACAUCCAUGACAACACGAUGACGCACUGGUCCUGCGUGACGCCCUGCACCUCAUGUCACCCUGAAAACUACUUCUCUCAUGUCAGAGAUGGGCUUAACUUUGGCACACAGGUGGGCUUCCUGUGGAUCAAACAAACGAAUGAAUGAAUGAGUGUUUAGCACAUUUACCUCAUAUUGUUGUUAGCUAAAGCUCCACAAAGUCAAUAUGCUUUUUUGGUAAAAUUACGUGGUACAAAAAAUGUAGCAGACAGAAAAUAGCUAAAAACCAAUUGUUUGCUAAUUUACUGUUUGAUAUUUACAGCUUUAAGGAUAAUUUUGCAUGUCCCACAGACUCUAAUCUUCAAAUAAACUAGAGGAUUAAAGUUACAAUGUGCAAAAUCUCAAUACUAGAUGUCAGUACAUAGCAGACUGCAUUCAACUGAGUUCUGUUUUCGUACCCCUCCUAAUUCAAAUACACAAUCCCAGCUAAGGUGGCUUCCAUUCAUCUGUAGUGAGUGCAGGCUGUCAGUCCACUGUUCACCUCAGCAGUACCAAUAUGUAUCGACUCUAGCGGAAACUGCAAAACUUUGUGGCUGAGUCCAAUACGAGUCGAUGAGUCAGUGAAGCUCAUUUCUGUCUGACAACGAUACUGCGGUGUUGUUCAAGAUAUCCCGAACUUUUCUGUCAGUAAGCGCUGCCCUUUAGUGACACUUUCUUUGAAGUGGAGCUAACUUUGUUGGAUUCAGAAUCUUAGCGAUUAAACUCUCAUACGAUGUGAGAAUGUAAUCAAAUUGUUUAUCAGGGAGGGAAAAUGUGAUUUUUAGGACACUUGAGUCUAACAUUAGCUAAUAUAGCAUUAGCUUAUUGCUGCUGUGUUUUAGCCAGCUCAUUGUUAGCUGUCUGAAGGUAGUAGGGUCGCAUGUCUAAUCUGCUAACAAUAAGUAAUUAUGAUGACAUCAGGAAAAAAUGUUUAUGCACAUUUUCAUGUGUUAGAGCUCUGACUUCAGCUCAGUAGAUUCAGCUGAGGAGAAAGAGGAUGACAUUUUAUCCAGUUAUUGCCUUCCCUCGCAUUUUCACUUCUUUAGUGAAAACAACCACUUCUCAGAUGAUAAAACAUGGGUAUGAACCUUCAUAUCUUGAGUCUGUAGGUGCAGACACAAAUUAAUAUUUCACUAAGCUAAAUUAUUACUAUUUUAUUUUUUAAAAUUUCACUAACUUUCAGGGAUUUCUCACUUGAACGAACAUGUUUUAUAGCUCAUAAGAUUUUUUGGGUGAAUCUAAUUCUGCAGGGAAUUAUUUCUAUGUUGUUGGAAACAGCAUAGAAAUACUGGACUGAUACCGUUUGUCCGAACACGUACAUUUGGACAGUUGUGGGUCCAACGUACCAAGCAAACUACCCACUAGCCAGUAAGCAUUCAUCUAGCUGCUCUAAUCUGUCUCUCUUAAUUCCAACCUGAGCCAACAGAAUUAUUUAGAGAAUGAAUUGGUGGGUUUAAACACUUGGAUGACACCCAGACUAAAUAUAUCUUUUCUUUUUAUUCUUGUACUGAAAAUUUUGGAGAUCUGGUUUUUAAUGGCA